AUGGAAAAAACCGAUCCCAAGGUCUCCGAUUCCGACGAUGCUCGUUCUCCUUCAGAGAAUGAGAAACAUGUCGAAAGCGGUGUUCCCGUUGAUGUCAUCGCCGUGCCAGAUCCAGAUGAAGGUCUGAGUGAAGAAGAGCGAAAGCGUAUUGACCGCAAACUGCUCUGGAAACUCGACAUCCAGCUAAUCCCAUGGCUUUGCUUACUCUACCUGAUUUCCUUCUUGGAUCGAACCAAUAUUGGAAACGCCAAGAUCGACGGGCUUCAAGAAGACUUGGACCUGACCAACAACGAAUACAAUGAUACCUUGACCAUCUUCUUCAUCUCGUAUUCGCUGUUCGAGCCUCUGACACAGAUUUUGUUGAAACGAUUCCGGCCCUCUAUUUUCCUCCCUACGAUCAUGAUUCUAUGGGGUAUCUGUAUGACCACAAUGGGUCUCGUUCACAACUUUUCCGGUCUCAUGGCAGCGCGAUGGUUCCUCGGUUUAACUGAAGCUGGCCUUUUCCCUGGCGUCAAUUACUACCUAUCCUGUUGGUACAAGCGCUCUGAGUUCGGUAUUCGAGCGGCCGUCUUCUUCUCGGCGGCAGCCCUCGCUGGUUCAUUUGGCGGCUUGUUAGCUGCAGCUAUUGUCCAGAUGGAUGGCGUCGGAGGCAAGCCGGGCUGGGCAUGGAUCUUUAUCCUUGAAGGUCUUGCAACGAUCAUCGUCCACGACUUCCCCGACGAAGCCAAAUUUCUCAGUGACGAUGAUCGGCGUCGAGUGAUCCGGCGCCUAAAACUUGACAAACAAUCCAGCGCCGAGCAUGAAGAAUUCAGGAUGCAGUAUUUCUGGGCCGCGACCAAAGACUGGAAGACCUGGACUGGUGCCCUUAUAUAUAUGGGCUGUGACGGCGCGCUCUAUGCAUUUUCUCUCUUUUUGCCCACAAUUAUUCAGCAAAUGGGUUACAAGAGUAUACACGCGCAAUUGCUUAGCGUGCCACCUUAUGCUGUGGCCGCGGUGGUUACGAUUACUGUCGGGUUUGUUGCGGAUCGGACCGGGAAGAGAGGCUACUGCAAUAUGGUCAUGUCCUUGUUCGGCAUAGUAGGUUUCGCCAUGCUUCUGGGCUCGGGAGUACCGCACGUUCAAUACGCGGGCACUUUCUUGGGCGCCAUGGGAAUAUAUCCGUGCAUUCCGAAUACGAUCACUUGGACGGCGAACAACGUCGAAGGGGUAUACAAACGAGGAAUUGCCUUGGGUUUCGUAAUUGGAUGGGGUAACCUGAACGGAAUCAUGUCUAGCAACGUCUACCGUGCAGAAGACAAGCCGCGAUUCAAGCCAGGCCACGCCGUGGUUCUCGUCUACGAAGCUCUCUUUCUUCUAGGCGGCAGCAUCCUUCAGCAUAUCCUAUUGAGAAGAGAGAAUGCCAAGCGCAGGGCGGGCGAAAGAGAUGUGUGGAUACAGGGCAAGAACGAGGAGGAGAUUGAUAAGUUAGGGGACCUGAGGCCAGAUUUCAUCUACACUCUUUAA